UCCUUCAGUUUAUUCAUUUACUAUUUCGCGGGUGGGUGUGUUAAAUUGUGUACUUUUAUGGACGAAAUAAAUGUUUGAAAACGAAACUGCAGUGAUUCUAUGUGAGGCAAUAAAGAUGUGGUCUACAUAAUACGUGCAUUUUUUAAUGAGUUAAUCGAAUAAUGACGUGGAAGGGUGAUACAUAACUAAAUCAGUAUUCUUCGUAUAGUGAUUGUUCCUUUGAUCACCGCUACCAUGCCGGGUCUUAUUGGCAUUGGCGAAUUUAUCGAGGAAACACGAGAGGAUUACAAUUCACCAACUACCUCUACGUUUGUUUCUCGAAUACCACAAUGCCGGCAAACUAUCACUGCAUUGGAAGAGACGCUAGACUUCGACCGAGAUGGCCUAACAAAGCUUAAGAAAGCUAUAAAGGCUAUACACAAUUCUGGAAAUGCACACGUGGACAAUGAAAUGUACCUUUCUCGAGCGCUUGAGAGGCUGGGAGGGAAUGCCCUCAGUAAGGACUCGGAGCCAGACAUUGGGGCCGCCUUCUUCAAAUUUGCCGUCGUCACUAAAGAACUGUCUGCACUUAUGAAAACUUUGAUGCAGAAUAUAAACAACAUAGUCAUGUUUCCCAUAGACAGCCUUUUGAAGGGUGACCUACGAGGUGUGAAGGGUGACCUCAAAAGGCCGUUCGACAAAGCAUCCAAAGACUACGAGUCGAAGUACCUAAAAAUUGAAAAGGAGAAAAAGUCACAAGCUAAGGAAGCCGGUCUAAUUCGUAGUGAGGUGACGCCGGCAGAAAUUGCUGAUGAGAUGGAAAAGGAAAGGAGAUUAUUUCAACUGCAAAUGUGUGAGUAUCUGAUAAAAUUCAACGAGAUUAAGACGAAAAAAGGGAUAGAGUUGUUACAACACCUCGUAGAAUAUUACCACGCCCAGACGAACUAUUUUCAAGAUGGACUGAAAACUAUUGAGCAUUUUGGAGUGUACGUUGCCGAUCUAAGCGUGCAACUGCAGAAGAUAAGACAGCAACAAGACGACGAGAGGAGGAGGCUUCUUGAAUUACGAAAUAUGCUGAGGGCCGCCGCUCCACAGGAUAGAGAGGUCGCGUCAACUGUCGGUGGCUAUUCUCUCCACCAACUCCAAGGCGAUAAGCAGCAUGGAGUCACACGUAGCGGAUAUCUUCUAAAAAAAUCUGAAGGCAAAGUAAGGCGGGUUUGGCAGAAGAGACGAUGCCGAGUCACAGCUGAAGGCUACUUGGAUAUUUUUCACGCGGACGAGAACAAGAUCCCGGCCAGAGUGAACCUAUUAUUGUGCCAGAUUAAAGUAGCGGCGGAGGACAAGAGGGCUUUCGAUCUAGUCUCAUGUAGCCGCACCUAUCACUUCCAAGCGGAUGAUGAGAACGAACAACAUGCUUGGACUUCAGUACUUGUGAAUUGCAAGGAAGGAGCCCUCAUGAGGGCAUUCCAUCAACAAGGGGGAGAGAGUAACGACACGGGUCAUUCUUUCCUGGAUCUGCAGAGGUCUAUCAUCAGGGCUGUAAGGUCCAUGCCAGGGAACCAGGUCUGCUGUGACUGUGGAUCUGUUAAUGAUCCGACUUGGUUGUCAACAAACUUCGGUAUAAUAGUGUGUAUAGAAUGUUCUGGAAGCCACCGGGAACUCGGUGUACACAUCUCACGGAUACAAUCUUUGACCUUGGACCGGCUUAGCACGUCACAGUUACUCCUCGCACGGCACAUGGGCAAUCAGACUUUCAAUGACGUCAUGGAGAACACGCUGGACGAGAGGCUGAAAUUAAAACCUGGUAGUACAAUGGAUGAAAGGUUAAGGUUCAUUCGGGAGAAAUAUGUUUAUCGUGCGUGGGCGGCACGGACGUGUAGGGAUGAAGCUGAGAGGUUGUCGGAGGUUGAACACGCGGUUAACAAUGGACACCUGCAGAAUCUUUUGCAGGCGUAUGCGGAAGGUGCUGAUUUGGCUGCCACAUUGCCAAGUUCGGACUGCGGUGAAACAGCUCUACACCUAGCAAUAUCUCGCGAACUGGGUGACGGGUCCUGCUUACAUAUAGUAGAUUUUCUAGUCCAAAACGGAGGGUCCCAGCUCUUGGAUAAGGCCACGGCCUCUGGUAUGACGGCUUUGCACCUGUGCGCGGCGAUAGAUAGGACAGAACCGAUGAAACUCCUGCUAAAAGCUGGAGCCGAUAUUUCUGUGAGGGAUGGAAAUGGACGGACGCCAUUGCAGGUCGCGAGACAGUUGGGACAUAUGGCAUGCCUGGAAUUGUUGGAGAGUGUUGAUAAAAGAGAAAAGAGUAUAUUUGAAAAUAUAAAUAUUGAUUGGAACUUAUCACACGAUGAAGGCUCGACAGACUUCUCAGAUGAUGAUACAGUGAUUGACGAACGGCAAAAUGGAAGCGUGACUCCAGAAAAGAAAUGUCCGCGGUCUCGUCCGCCUUCGUACGCGGGUGGCGGAGGGGGAGGGGAGUCCCCCGUGCUCAGAUCGCGCUCGUCGACUUGCGACUCGCUUCAGCAUCCCCCUACGCCUACCACGUUACCACGGAAACCAAAUGUUUAUAAUUUAAACAGCUUAAAGAAGCGUGUGGCACCCCUACCACCAGCCGUAUCGCUACCUCACCCCCACCCCCAUCAUCGCUCGACACCCUCCCCCUCGCCUUCCGACUCUAGAUCUAUACAUAGUGGAACAGUGAAAUAUCGGCCUCAACAGCCGCCUCCUACACCGCCACCCUCACAUUCCAUGCAUAAUGGGGCACACACAGACGAACCUACGCCGCCGCCUAGAAAGAAGAAAAAUAGAUUGCAACCGGAAAAGGCUGACAAAACGAAACUGAAAAGGGAAUGUUCUAGUCAAGAUUCGUCGCUGGAGCUGUGCGAUAUAUCGGACGGUUUAGACGAUAGUCGUCUUCAGUCAGCGCUGUCGUGUGACAGUUCGCGUUCCAGGGAGAGAUCGCGGCGGAGUGACAGUCGUUCACUUGAUAUUUCUGACACCUCCAGUGUUCAUUCGAGGUCACCGUCGGCUUCUAUAACAAUGAUGGGCUGUACAAGACGAUGUAGGGCUCUGUAUGACUGUUCCGCUGACAACGAGGACGAGUUAUCCUUCCGCGAAGGCGAAGUAAUUGUGGUUAUCAACGAGAGAACAGAAGACGACAACUGGAUGGAAGGCCAGGUAGAAGGAACUAAUCGAAGGGGAAUGUUUCCCGUCUCUUUCGUACACAUGCUACCAGAUUAGUGAGACGGAGACGGAUAUAGUUGCAACAGUUCAGCUAAAACGUAACACCAACGUUUGGUUAUCGGACUUAUCAUUUUAUUUAAUUUCCAACAGAUGCGAGUUAAGUCCAGAGUAGAAAAAAUUGGUCUCUUCUAGAUUAGGCUAUUCAUAAUUUGUAACUGUUUGUCUCAUUCUUUCAAAUACAUAACUUGCUUGUUCGAUAGAGACAAAGCAGUACGCUUAUACGGUUAUGAAGGUGGUAGAUGUUGUCUUCGAAACGCCAAGUAUGAGAUUUCGUAAUACUUUAGCUCAAGCUAUCUAUUGAGAAUUUCCUUAUAUACUGAACUCUAUAUGGGCCUAAAGCUUUCGGCAUUUAUUUGACGGCUAUGAGCUUAUUUACAUAUAGUAUUUUGUAUUCAAUACAUUAUGUACUUUGGAAAUUAACAUUCAUAUAUGAGUAUUUAAUUACAAUUGAUGCAACACAGUUUAAAGAAUUUAAUACAUUCACAAGAGCUUAAAGCAUUAUAUUAGAGAGAAGCUUAAUACAAACGAUAUUAUGUUGUUGUAUGUUUAAAAAGGCAAUAUGCCUUAUCUUAACAAAGACUUCAUACUGAAGAAAAAACCUAAUUCUUGUGAACGACGUAUGAGUAUUUAUACAGUAUCAACAUGGUCUCGUAUUUCAACAUUAAUAUACAUUGUCAAGCAUUUCAUAACGCUCGGAAACUCGAGAAAAAUGUAAACAUACUGCUAUCUCGUUCUUCGUAAUUGCGAAGAAAAGAGAUAGAUAUAGGUUCAACAGUUGCGUCAGAAUUUCUAAACUGCUACGAAUUUAUAACACCAAUAUUGUAAGUGCCAACAAACACUCCGUCCCUUUGCGGGUUUUAUUUAUUGACAACUUCAUAUAAUAUAUUGACAAUGCAGUCACUGUUUUGGUGUUUUUAUAAUACACUUUUACCGAAAUAAAAUGCGUAAACUGGCUGAAGAGGAUUAUUACUGGAGUUAAAAAGUAAAAUUCCAAUAAUUAAGGUUAUAAUGCAUAAUUUAUAUAAAUUUUUAAAGUUAAAAACUUAAAUUAAUUAUAGAUGUGUGUAUCUAUAACUGGGACGAAAUUUAUUUCUUAAUUAUUGCGAACGGAUUAAAAAAAACAUAAAAUGGUAAAAGUGUAUUUUCUAGUUUGAGCAUGAAAAGACAGUUAUAAUCUGUUUUGUGUUAAAAUUUUGUUCGUUAUAUAUUUAGGCUUUUUCGUGUAUAUACUACUAAAGGAAUUAAUCUAUUUUUGAUUCCUUGUGCGUCUAUCAACUAUUAAUUAAAUUCCGAUCCAAUUGCAACGCACAAUUUCUUUUAUACUUUCUAUUAAUAAUUGUAUUAAAUCAUAUUAAAACGCUUGCCGUUUUUCUCAAAGGCGUGAAAAAACAUACAAUCGCAUAUAUUAAAUGUAGUGCCAUUAAGAUUUUUCACUUAUAGUUAUAGUACUUUUGCUCAAAAAAAAACGUUGUUUGGCUGAAAAGUAGAAAUUCUGAAUAAAAGUGUUUUUUUGUCAUUUUGUACAAUAAAUAUAAGUUAUUUGAUCUCUUAAAAAAGUAAAUGAAGUCCUAAGUUGGCUGUUUAACAUCCUGUUAUCCUUUGAGAAACUGAUGGUGAAAAGUCCGUGAAAAUCGGCCUAAAAAUUAAUUUGCUUAUCUUUGUUUAUACUCGAGCUCAUAGUGAUUUGCCAAAUAUUUCAGAAAUGUAAAUAAUUAUAAAUCUAUUGGACCAGUGACCAGUUUGUUGUAGAUGUUUCUCGUAGAAUCAUAUAGAUUGUUGCUACAUGUUGUCUAUAGAAAUCUAUGUAUAUGUUCUAAGCCGUAAGUUACGUAAGAAUUAAGCUAAUUAUAACCACAAAAUCAUCACGUAUAAAUAUACGGGACAUAAAUAUAUACGGGAAAACACGUAUUUACGAAAAUCCGUAAAAUUAUAGUAUUCUUCAAUUUUGGGAUAUGGGCCAACUUUGUUAAAAAAACUUGGAAAUCCAUUUGAUUAUUACACAACAACCUAAAUCAAUAAUUGUUAUUGUUGAUUAGAACUACAAGUCAUAGACGACAAAUUGUUUUUCCUAUUUUCUAUUGAUCCCAUUUCUGUCAUCCAAGUGAACUAGUGAGAUGUAAUUUAUCAUCUAGGGUUGAAGUAGAAAUGACUAAAUUUCAUCCGAUGUCUGAAGUUCCACUAUUGAGCGUUCUUUAACCUAGUUUUUGCGUAGGCGUAACAUACAUUCUAAAAUGUUUGGAAGUUUUUAUAGAUUUAUUUUCUUUUGAUGCAUUUAAUGUUAGCCCCUAGACAGUUUUGUAAUCUCAGCGCCAUCUAUGAACACUGUGGACUUUGCAAUUGGUCUCAAAUAAUAUGAUAACUUACGGCUUACUUCUAACAUUUUUACUAACUUUGAUAAUAAUUGUUAUGAAUGUGAAAUUUUAUUACAUGUGACCGAUUGUUCAAUCGUUGAUUAUUUAUUAAAAUUGUUUUACCUUUAGUUUAAAAAAAUAUUUAGUCAAAUAUUUUAACGAUUGAAGUAUCGGUUGUUAAUGUUUCAAGGAUUUGAAAAUAAUUAUGAAAACCAAUCAAUUUCGUUAGUUUUUAUUCUAUCCGUAUUAUUCUAAUUUGCACCUUUGACCAUACAUUUAAAUUAUAUAUUACCUAUAUACACAUUCCCAAUAAAUUUCAUUGUAAUUUAAGCUCCUAUAGCUGUAAGUAAUUCCAGCUUUGUGUAAAGUUACCUAAGUUAAAGUUUGUUGCCAUAAUUUAGUAUUAUUCAAUAUAACAAUCAAUUAAUAAUGGUUUGUCCUUUGACUCCUACAAAUAUAGAAUUGAAUAUAACCAUUGUAAAUAUUAUUUUAAUCACAAUCCUGGGUUUUAUUCAAAAAUGUUUUAUUAAUAUCCAAUAAAAUAAUUUAUUUUAUUCCUUUAAUAGUAUUUUUUAAUGUUUAUGAGAGUUAAACUUGGACUCUAAGAAUAUCAGUGAAAACUAACAAAGUUAGCUUGAAUUUUAUUCUUAACAGACUACGAGAGUGUACUGUCACUGUCAUAAAAAAACAUUUUUAAUUAUCUAAUUUAUUUAUGUUUCGUCUAAUCUUUUAAAUCAAUAUAUCUUCCUGUAAAGUUUUACCAUGUAAAUUAUAUUUAUUUUACAGAGUACCUAGCAUAAAAAACUUUAUUGUGAUGAAAUAUUUUAAUGCCAUUUUAGCCUGUCAGUAUGAUACUUAUUAAA